AUGCCGACUGCUUCUGUAAACAUUUGUAAAAGAAUGGGUUGCCCUCAGGAGCACAGUGAAUUCAAGCAUGGUGCCGUGAUAGGUUGUCACCUGUGCAAUAAGUCCAUCCGUGAAAUUUCCUUGCUACUAAAUAUUCUAUGGUCAACUGUUAGUGGUAUUAUAACAAAUUGGAAGCAACUGGGAACAACAGCAACUCAGCCAUGAAAAAUGAUAGAUUGAAGUCAGCGCAUGCUGAAGCCCACAGUGCACAGAAGUCGCCAACUAUGUGGGGUUGUUUUUCAGGGAACUCUUAAGACGUCAGCAUACCUAGACAUUUUGGACAAAUUCAUG